GCUGUGCGCCGGGGAGAGGUGGGAUGACCCGAGGGCUGAGAAGCACCCCGAGAACGGUCCGGACUGUGCCUGCGGGCUCCAGAGGAGAGGGAGGUGGAGGUGUGCGGUCUCCGAAAGCGAUGUCAGCGUGGGGGACGACCGGGAUGGCAUCCGAGAAGUUGGGCACGAGUGUAUUUUUGCUGAUCUGGGCACGGAACUUCACUGACUGGAGGUACAGAAUAAAUACGUACACGCUGCGUUUCCUUGGUAUAUGUACGAAUGGAAUACAGGUCAAGAUGUUGCAAACCCUUUUCCUGACUAUGCUGACUCUGGCACUGGUUAAGUCACAGGAUACCGAAGAAACCAUCACUUACACGCAAUGUACUGAUGGAUACGAGUGGGACCCUGUGAGGCAGCAGUGCAAAGAUAUUGAUGAAUGUGACAUUGUCCCAGACGCUUGCAAAGGUGGAAUGAAAUGUGUCAACCACUACGGAGGAUACCUCUGCCUUCCUAAAACAGCCCAAAUUAUUGUCAAUAAUGAACAGCCUCAGCAGGAAACACCAGCUGCCGAAGCAUCGUCGGGUGCCACCACCGGAAGUGUAGCUGCCAGUAGCGUGGCAGCCAGUGGUGUGGUGCCUGGGGGUGGUUUUGUGGCCAGUGCUACUGCAGUGGCUGGCCCGGAAGUGCAGACUGGUCGAAAUAAUUUUGUCAUCCGGAGAAACCCAGCUGACCCUCAGCGCAUUCCCUCCAACCCUUCCCACCGGAUCCAGUGUGCAGCAGGCUACGAGCAGAGUGAGCAUAACGUGUGCCAAGACAUCGAUGAAUGCACUGCAGGGACCCACAACUGUAGAGCAGACCAAGUAUGCAUCAAUUUACGUGGUUCCUUCACGUGUCAGUGUCCUCCAGGGUAUCAGAAGCGAGGCGAGCAGUGUGUAGAUAUAGAUGAAUGCACUGUGCCUCCAUAUUGCCACCAAAGAUGUGUGAACACACCAGGUUCCUUUUACUGCCAGUGCAGUCCCGGGUUUCAGUUGGCAGCAAACAACUACACCUGUGUAGAUAUAAAUGAAUGUGAUGCCAGCAACCAGUGUGCUCAGCAAUGCUACAACAUUCUUGGCUCGUUCAUCUGUCAGUGUAAUCAAGGCUACGAGCUGAGCAGCGACAGGCUCAACUGUGAAGACAUUGAUGAAUGCAGAACUUCAAGCUACCUGUGUCAAUAUCAGUGUGUCAAUGAACCUGGGAAGUUCUCAUGUAUGUGUCCUCAGGGAUACCAAGUAGUAAGAAGCAGAACCUGUCAGGAUAUCAAUGAAUGUGAGACCACCAAUGAGUGCCGAGAAGAUGAGAUGUGUUGGAAUUAUCAUGGUGGCUUCCGUUGUUACCCACGAAACCCUUGUCAAGAUCCCUACAUUCUAACAUCAGAGAACCGAUGUGUUUGCCCAGUCUCAAAUGCUAUGUGCCGAGAACUGCCCCAGUCCAUAGUCUACAAAUACAUGAGCAUCCGAUCUGACAGGUCUGUGCCAUCAGACAUCUUCCAGAUACAAGCCACGACUAUUUAUGCCAACACCAUCAACACUUUUCGGAUUAAAUCUGGAAAUGAAAAUGGAGAGUUCUACCUAAGACAAACAAGUCCUGUGAGUGCAAUGCUUGUGCUUGUGAAGUCGCUAUCAGGACCAAGAGAAUACAUCGUGGACCUCGAGAUGCUGACUGUCAGCAGUAUAGGGACCUUCCGCACAAGCUCGGUGCUAAGGUUGACAAUAAUAGUGGGACCAUUUUCAUUUUAGCCUCUGAUAAGAGUCCACAGGCAUUUCAAUUGGCCAAAGAAUACUGUCACCUUAAAGCACCAUUUUAUUUAUAGAUAUAUUUAGUACAUCUACAUCUAUAUUCUGUACACUCACCCACAAUUCAAACAAUUACACUAUGGUAUAAAGUGGGCAUUUAAUCUGUAAAGAUUCAAAGUUUAUCUUUAUUACUGUGUGUAAAUUAGACAUUAAUCCACCAAAUGGCCUUUCUGAAGAGAGCUAUGCAUAUAUUAUCUGGUAAAAUGUGGAUUCUUUCCUGUAAAAAUGGGACCAAGCAAUGAUGCUGUUCUGUGGUGCGUAGAGAAACACACAGCUCCAAGACCAUCUCAGGAGUAAGCGGCUGUCUUAACAUUGAAUAUAUGCAAGAGAAAGAAUAAGGAUUUUUUAACUGCUUUGUAAGAAAAUGGAAAAAAGUCAAUAAAGAUAUAUUUCUUUAGAAAAUAGAAUCUA